CGUGCCACGAUCAGCAACCGAUUUUCAGAAUAGUUGGUAAAAAGUUUGUAAAGCCAGCCAGGGCUCACGCUCCACGAAUUUCCGAAGACGAGGAUUGAAAGGAGACGGAAGGAUUUGUGAGAUGACGAACGUGGACGACUAACAAAUGACGGAAUUCUUUGCUGAAUGCAUCGAAAUAUAAAGUUGGAUAUAUACACAAAAGAUGUGGAAAGUUCAAUCGACUUUGAGCAUUUUCACAGUAUUGCUCAUAAUAAGAUUUACAAAAGCUGAUUAUUACGAGUAUAAUCAAGAUCAAUACCGACAAAGUAAUGCUCCUUUUAAAUGUAUAGAAGAGGGUUAUCAUCCCGAUUCGCAUGACUGCAGAGUUUACUAUAGAUGUGUAGAUUGGGGCAACGGCAGCCCGUUAACGACUUUCAAAUUUGAAUGCGGAGUAGGCACAGUGUUCUCGAAGGAUAAGGGAGACAUUUGUACGCAUCCAGAAGAUAGUGGUCGACCUGAAUGUGGCAGCUCCGAGAAUGAACUCGAUUCGAAUAUACAAGAUCCUCCUUCUCCUACAUGGACAACAACAAUACGAACAACUAUGUGGUCACAAUCAACUAUGAUACAGUCCCCAAUAACUAAACCAUCUACAAUCACGACUGAAGCUGCGACAACAAUAAAAAAACCAGAAACAACAAUACUACCACCACUAACAAAUCGACCACCUAUAGACGAACCGGAUAAUAACAUUGUUAAUUGUCAAAAUGAAUAUCAAACAUGUACACAAGAAGGAUUUUUAGCCGAUACUUGUGAUUGCAAAAAAUUUUACAGAUGCGUAAACGAAGGGUACGGAAGGUUUACAAAAUAUGAGUUUAAGUGUGGCGAUAAAACUGUUUGGGAUCCAGAAAUUCAAGCAUGUAAUCACGCUUGGGCUGUUACGAGGAAAGACUGUAGGCAGAAUUUGGAAACUGGGAAUAAUAAUGGACAAUGGAACGGUGACACUGGAGACAACAGUGGACAAUGGAAUGGUGAUACUGGUAGUCCAGGGCAACCAGGACAGCCUGGAGAUCCAAAUGGUCAACCAGGACAACCUGGAGAUCCAAAUGGCCAACCAGGAUCAUCGGGUAGCCCAGGCUUUCCGGGAUCCCCAGGAACACCGGGUUCUCCAGGCUCUCCGGGAUAUCCAGGGACACCAGGUUCACCGGGUAGUCCAGGCUCUCCGGGAUACCCAGGAACACCGGGUUCUCCAGGCUCUCCGGGAUAUCCAGGGACACCAGGUUCACCAGGUAGUCCAGGGUCGCCAGGAUACCCAGGAACACCGGGUUCUCCAGGUUCUCCGGGAUAUCCGGGAACAUCACCGGGUUCUCCAGGCACUCCAGGUUCUCCAGGUAGUCCAGGCACUCCAGGUAGUCCAGGGUCUCCGGGAUACCCGGGGACACCGGGUAGUCCAGGCACUCCGGGAUACCCAGGAACACCGGGUUCUCCAGGAUCUCCAGGAUAUCCGGGAACAUCACCGGGUUCUCCAGGUACUCCGGGUUCUCCGGGUAGUCCAGGCACUCCGGGAUACCCAGGAACACCCGGUUCUCCAGGCUCUCCAGGAUAUCCGGGAACAUCACCGGGUUCUCCAGGCACUCCGGGUUCUCCGGGUAGUCCAGGCACUCCGGGAUACCCAGGAACACCCGGUUCUCCAGGAUAUCCGGGAACAUCACCGAGUUCUCCAGGCACUCCGGGAUACCCAGGGACACCGGGUUCUCCAGGCACUCCAGGUUCGCCAGGUAGUCCAGGCUCUCCGGGAUAUCCAGGAACACCGGGUUCUCCAGGCUCUCCGGGUUCUCCAGGUAAUCCAGGCUCUCCGGGAUACCCGGGAACACCGGGUUCUCCAGGCACUCCGGGUUCUCCGGGUAUUCCAGGCACUCCGGGAUACCCAGGAACACCCGGUUCUCCAGGUUCUCCAGGAUAUCCGGGAACAUCACCAGGUUCUCCAGGCAUUCCGGGAUACCCAGGGACACCGGGUUCUCCAGGCACUCCGGGUUCGCCGGGUAGUCCAGGCACUCCAGGCACACCGGGUUCUCCAGGCUCUCCGGGAUAUCCGGGGACACCGGGUUCUCCAGGCACUCCAGGUUCGCCGGGUAGUCCAGGCUCUCCGGGAUAUCCAGGAACACCGGGUUCUCCAGGCUCUCCGGGUUCUCCAGGUAGUCCAGGUUCGCCGGGUUCUCCAGGCUCUCCGGGAUACCCAGGCACACCGGGUUCUCCAGGCUCUCCGGGAUACCCGGGGACACCGGGUUCUCCAAGCUCUCCGGGAUAUCCGGGAACACCGGAUUCUCCAGGCACUCCAGGUUCGCCGGGUAGUCCAGGCUCUCCGGGAUAUCCAGGAACACCGGGUUCUCCAGGCACUCCGGGUUCGCCGGGUAGUCCAGGCACUCCAGGUUCGCCGGGUUCUCCAGGCUCUCCGGGAUACCCAGGCACACCGGGUUCUCCAGGCUCUCCGGGAUAUCCGGGGACACCGGGUUCUCCAGGCACUCCAGGUUCUCCGGGUAGUCCAGGCACUCCGGGAUAUCCAGGAAGACCAGGUUCUCCAAGCAGUCCAAGCAUUCCUGGAUCCCCUGGAAAUCCAGACUCACCGAAUUCAUCUGUUAAUCAACCGUCAACAGGUAUUUGUACAGCAGAAGGGUUUUUCUCCGAUCCACAAGAUUGUCGCAAGUUUUAUCGGUGUGUCGAUAAUGGCAUGUCCUCCUUUAUAAAAUACGACUUUCAAUGUGGUGCUGAAACUGUUUGGGAUCCGUCCAUUCAGAAUUGCAAUUAUGCUAAUGCUGUACCGCAUUGCAAUCAGGCAAAUGGUGCAAUUACAGAUAAACCCGACACAUCGCUGAAUGAAAUAAAUAGUACAAUUGGACCAGAUACAAGUAAAUUACCAUCGCAAUCUCCUGAAAACUCGACUUUGCCACCGACAUCUUCAAAACCAGAGAUACAAUCUUCGGCUCAACCUGAUAGCACUACCAGUCCCAUUGCACCAUCUCAGACGACGUCAACUUCUUAUUUGCCACCCAGUAGUACAUACUCGUCUUCGACAAUGCAAGUUACCGAAUCUGUUUCUUAUGUUCCUCCUGCACAUAUGACUACUACAUCUGUAUCUUAUUUGCCACCCUCGACUACUACCAGCGGAAUAUCUGAAUCUACACCCGAAUCUGUUUCAUAUUUGCCACCUGAUACUAGUACAACUACUUUGCCAAGUUCUGCUUCGUCAGCUGCAUCUUCACCUCAGAAUGAAAAAUACAAGUGUACUAAAGAAGGUUUCUUUCCGGACCCUGAUAACUGCAAACAAUUCUAUCGUUGCGUUCAAAACCAAUCCGGAUAUCAAAAAUACGAAUUUAAAUGCAGUUCUGGCACAGCAUGGGAUCAAUUAAUACAAACGUGUAAUUAUAUUGAUAAAGUAGCUUCAUGUUCACCAGGUAGCAAUGAAAUCGAUCAAGGUCUUGAUUCCAAUACUCCUACAUCUGAACUUCCUGCCAUGAGUAGUUCCACAACUGUUUCUAGUCAAACAAUUGCGACUACAUCUCCAAUUCCAAUUUCUACCGAAAGCACUACAACUACCAGUACUCCAAGUGAAACAUCAGACAAGACAGAGUCAUCAUCGACAACAAGUACAUCUGUUAGUAGUAGCGAAACUCCCGCUUCAGAAAAACCAGAAGAGAUUCAAAUGCCUGGUUCUAGUACAGAAAGUUCAUCUUCAUCCUCAUCUGAAUCUACUUCUGAAUCAAAUGAAGGAUCAUCUUCAUCUACAUCAGAAUCACAUACACCAGAUUGUGCGACACAAAAGCCGAGCAACGCAAUAGUAUGCAAGAACGAAGGAUUUUAUCCGCAUCCAACCAGGUGCGAUCAAUUCUAUCGCUGCGUCAAUAAUGGCAAUGGUUUUAAUGUAUAUCAUUUUGACUGCCCACCAGGCACUAUUUUUGAUUCCAGCAUCAAUGUAUGCAAUUAUCCUGAAUCUGUUCAAUCCGCAAAAGAUUGUACGACUGGAAAUAUUUCAAGCAAUGUAGAAUCGACAACUCAAUCCGGAACGCCUGAACAAUCGACAUCAGAGGGAACUGCUACUGUAGCUACACAGAGCACAACUCAGCAAACAGAAGAAAGUACAACGACUGAGCUUGGUACGUCUACUUCAGAAGAAAGCGCUCCUACUUCUACAGAAUCAACGACAUCAAAUAUACCAGAGAGUAGCGAAAGUAUGAUAGAGUCUACGACUGAAUCCACUACUGCCACUACAGAAACUGCUAUCGAUUCUAGCACUUCUGAACAAAGUAGCGAAGCUACAACUGAAGCUGCUGUUUCCACAGAAUCCGAAACAUCUACGACCGAGUCUCAAAAACAAUCUACGGAAUCCCAGGAACAAUCGACAACUGAAGAAUCUCAGGAGCAAUCAACAACAGAGUCAAAAGAACCAUCUACUACAGAAACUCAAGAACAAUCAACAACCGAAUUACAGGAACAAUCCACGACAGAAUCUCAAGAACAAACAACGACUGAAUCAUCAGAAUCGACAACAGCGGAACAAGGAGCACCUUGUUCUAUAGGCAAUUUAACUGAUGAUCAAAUAACUCUAGUUUGUCCCACUGGCUUCCGAAGGCAUCCGAAACAUUGUAAUCUAUUCUAUCAAUGUAGUUCCGAAGACAUGGAAAUAAAGAUUCUCGUAUUGAGUUGUCCCGAAAAUACCAUUUUUGACGAGAAAAAGAUUCAAUGUCUACCCGAAAGUGAAAGCAGUCAACCAUGCAUGGGAACCAAGUCAAGCGCCAGAUUUUAUAGAAGAUUAGAAGAUCAUGCUUUAUCACCUGUAAAGGUAUCGUCAAAUCAGCUUUGUCCGCAAGAAGGACAUUUUCCUUAUCAACAAGGUUGCAGCAAUACCUUUUACAAGUGUAAACGUGAUGUCCGAAACAGUUUACAGGGAUACCUCUAUAAAUGUCCUGAAAACUUUGUUUAUUGGUCGGUCUCCAGAAGAUGCGAACGUGUGACACGUCUCCCGAUGUGUUCGCAUUUGUCGUACAGAGACAAAAUUGAUUGGAAUGAUCGAUGGCAAAUACCGAUCGAAGAUUUUAAUCUUUCCGCCAGAAUGCUACACUUCUCUUGAUUGCUUAAUGAUAUUUCCUAUAUUCUACAUUCUUAGUAAAUACGAGUUGCAAAUUUGCCAUAAUAAUGUCUAUAGAAACAUAUAUUUUUUUUAAUUAAUUGUCAUUCUCUAUGAAAAUGUGGAAUAAUUGAA